UAGAUAUUAAAUUGAAAAAUCGAUGGUAAUAUUUUGAAAAGAAUGAACGUAAUUUAUGGUAGCGAUAGCCUUGGGUGCCGUUUUAUCAACGGUCGUACGCCCGGUCGUAGCUAAGAUUUGGUCGUACGACCGAUCUUACGGCUACGUCGCGUUUUAUCAAUAUGGUCGUAGCUAAGACGUCUUGGAUUUACGUCGUAACUUUAAGGCUGCUUCAGACCAGUCGUAAGUAGGCUUAAGAUCUUAAAAAUGGCGGCCAUUUUCGACUAAUUCCCGACAAGGAACUUCAAACACAAAUAUUUGAACAUUUGGAGUUUACAACUAACGUAAGUUUUUCUCGUUCAUGUUUAUGUACAGUGCUAAAUCUAUUUUAACAUCCAAGGGACGCAACUAUCACUUCCAGUUUAAUCUGUCAAUAAUUUCCAUUAUCAAGGCUUUGAACGAAACUAAUUUCCAUGUAGUUGUAUUACUUUCAUUUUAGUACAUCCAACGUAUAUAUGUGUGUAUAAUAAAACUCCUGUCACAUCUGUAGCCAGAUUAGCAAAUGAUUCUUACGAUUUUCUAUACCGUUUCCUACUUUUCUUUUCGAAAUAUUUUAGUACAGAAAUUUCGGACAGUACAGAUUUCGGACAGAAAAUAUAGAUCUAACAUUUGUCAAUAAUUGUUGUGUUAAUUGUUAAGCUAUAAAACCAAUUUGAUUGUUAUAAUUAGUUAAGCAUGUUUUUUUGUAGACUUUUGCUUAAGAUCUUAAAAUGGCGACCGUUGAAGCCGCAAGGCAAGUACGCCAGAGACGUGCAGCACGAUUGUUCCGGACUCGCGCAAGCCUCGACCAUUUGAGGGAUAGUGAGAUUCUGUCACGUUAUCGUCUCACAAGAGAAGGUAUUUACAGAUUAGUGGAUAUCUUAAGAGGAAAUUUAGAGAAGGUUACAAAAAGAUCACACUCCAUACCAGUUUUGACGCAGGUACUUAUUGGUUUGCGUUACCUGGCAAAAGGAGAUUUGCUGUCUGAGGUUUCAGACCUACAUGGUGUAAGCAGAUCCAGUGCUUGCCACAUUAUAGACAAAUUUGUGGAAGCUGUUAAUGACAGACUUGAUAAUAUAAGAUUUCCAAGUGGCAGAUACCUAAUCGAUGUGAAGCAGGGUUUUUAUCAGAAAUGUAAAAUACCCAAUACUGUUGGAGCCAUUGAUGGUACUCUAAUACCAAUUGUCACGCCUUCUGAAAAUGAGGAAGUAUAUGUAUGCAGAAAGGGCUUUCAUGGAAUCAAUGUACAGGCCACUGUUGACCAUAAAGUAAGAUUCACAGACAUGGUUUCAAAAUGGCCAGGAUCAACCCAUGAUUCUUCUAUAUUUGAAAACAGUUCCCUUAAAGUUCACUUAGAAAGGAAUCAGAUUGGCCACCUACUUGGGGAUUCUGGGUAUGCUUUGAAGAAGCACCUGUUAACUCCCUUAUUGAAUCCUUCCAAUCAAAUGCAAUCAGAUUACAAUAAAGCUCAUUCUAGUGGUAGAAUGGUUGUAGAGAGAGCUUUUGGGAUGUUAAAGUCAAGAUUCAGGUUUGUAUAAUUUAACAAAAGUAUAAACAGGGUUGAUAAAGUAGAUUAACUGUGAAAGUUAUAGACACUUAAAGCUGUGAAAGAUAUAGACA